ACGCACACACACACGCACACACACAGAGUGAGAGCAGUUGGUGGAGUCAUGUCUGAGUAGAAAGCUGCAGCGUUUCCCGGCUCAAACAGCGCAGACAGCCCGUGGCGGAGAUGGGCCAGUGUGGCAUCACGUCGUCGAAGACCGUCCUGGUGUUCCUCAACCUCAUUUUCUGGGCUGCUGCUGGCAUCCUGUGCUAUGUCGGAGCCUAUGUCUUCAUUACAUAUGAUGACUACGAUCAUUUCUUCGAAGAUGUGUACACUCUGAUCCCGGCGGUGAUCAUCAUCGCUGUGGGAGCGCUUCUCUUCAUCAUCGGCCUCAUCGGCUGCUGUGCUACAGUGAGAGAAAGUCGCUGCGCUCUUACAACGUUUGUCGUCAUUCUGCUGCUGGUGUUCAUGACAGAGGUCGCUGUGGUGGUUCUUGGAUACAUUUACAGAGCAAAGGUUGAAGACGAGGUUAAUAGUUCCAUUCUGAAAGUUUAUGAUGAGUACAACGGCACCAACAGCAACGCGCAGAGCCGUGCCAUCGACUACGUCCAGAGACAGCUUCAGUGCUGCGGAAUCCACAAUUAUUCAGACUGGCAGAACACACCCUGGUAUAAAGAGUCCAAAAACAACAGCGUGCCCAUCAGCUGCUGCAGAGCUGAUGUUGGACUCUGCACAGGGUCCCUCACUCACCCCGAUGACCUCUACCAAGAAGGUUGUGAAGCUCUGGUUGUAAAGAAGUUAAAGGAGAUCAUGAUGUACGUCAUCUGGACCGCACUGACAUUUGCUGCCAUUCAGAUGCUGGGGAUGCUGUGUGCGUGCGUCGUCCUGUGCCGCAGGAGCAGGGAUCCCGCCUACGAGCUCCUCAUCACAGGAGGCACUGUUGCAUAAAGGAGGAGGAAACAUUUCUCACUUUAACACUCAAAGUAACCAAGUUUUUUUUUUUUUUUUUUUUGGUGAGGGCAUGAAAAUGACGUUACAACACUAAUCUAAAGAGUCUAACCACUUUUUAACUUAUUUUCUGAAAAAAAAAAAGCUUCCAGACAAACGUAUGAGAGGCUGAUGUUUUUCUUACCAAAAUUCAAAUCCUUGUAAUCCCAUGCGGAGGCAAAUGUGGACAGGGUAAUAUUCUCAGUUUAGUCUGCACUGUGUGUACAGUUCAUCCAUGGUAUUUUAUUUUAUUUUAUUGAAUGAUUUGUAUCGUUUCAUCUCCACUGUUAUCACCAUCGCUGCUACUCCUCUAGAAUGACUAGUUUUACCUCACCUUUCACCAGCAUCACUCUCUGAAAUAAUCAACACUACAGCUCAAGUCAAUAGCACGGCGUGAUUUUAUCUGUAACCAGUGUAUCUUAGCCAGCUUUUGCCGAUGACUUUAUUUAAAGAAUCAAACCUUUGGUAUGUGAAAUAUUUAAAGUAGGAAUUGAACACUUGACUUAGUCUCAUUGCAGUUUUGUUUGUUUUUGUCUUGAGUGUUGACUUGUCGUAGUCCAAGAGUUGGAUCUGUUGCUGUGAAGCGGAAGGCGAAACCUAAGAAUGUCACUGAAAUGUACCAAAAACUGGAAGUUUGAAAUUAAAUAUGUUUUCUGAUCAGG